AUGGGCAAAAACUUGGAAGGUGGAAUAUCUUAUGAGUUAAUGCACCUUGGCAGGAAGAAUAGAGGAAAUGAAUACUUUAUAAUUGGAGAAAGACUGCAGAAAGCUCCAGAACAUUGGGGUUUGGAUGUCCUCAUCCAUGAGGCACAAGAAGUUCAGAAGUUCAUCAGUCCUUUUCAGAAAGACCCCAUUCUUCUGCCUGCCGUUUUCCAAGCUGCGAAAUGUCGUCUAGUGAAGCUAGUUGUCAACUUUCUUUUCUACUUUAGAAUUGAUGAAGAAGAGAUUUCCAACCUCUCUAGUAUUUUCUUUUCUGAUGUACAACUAUGGUUCAUUUUCUUGGAAUUUAAAAGGCCUGUUGGUGCCUUAUUGCUUGAGCAGUGUAGAAUCCAAAAGGAGGAAGACACUGGCUUCUCACUAGUAUUUGUGGAUGAACCAGAAAGAAAAUACUCAUUUGUGUGUGACAAUAAAGAUGAAUGUGAGGAGUGGAUUGAAGCUUUGACAAAAGCCAGCUAUGAGUACAUGCGGAACAGUUUAAUUUUUUACAGACAUGAAAUUGAAAAAAUAACUGGAAAAGAUCCACUGGAGCAGUAUGGAAUUUCGGAAGAAGCUAGAUUUCAAACCAGAUCCCAGAGGCUGUUCUAAUCGACCUUGAGUGCUCCUCCAGUAUUUUCUAGAUGUAUCUUUAAUUUCAAGCAUUUGUAGUUGAUUUUUUUUUUUAGUAUGCAUGGAUUGUGGUGUUCUUAUGGGAUCUGAAUGAAUGUGUUUUUUAUAGCUUUUAAAAUUAAUGGUUUGAAUGUUAUUUAUGAUUUUUGUAUCUUGAGGCUUUGUGGGUAAUUGAUAUUUAAAUAGUACAGAACUUGAGUAUUGCUGAUGAAAAGACAUCUCUUCAAAGCUUUUGAUCUUGCGCUCAUCAGGACUAUUCACAAGAAUACUUUUUCAAGGGGAAAACCAACAUUUAUACUACAUGAGGAGAGCAUUAAUGGACAUCCUUUGUUUAAAUUUAAAUAGGCAGCUUGACUGAUUCACCUGGGCAUCGCACAAAAAAUGAACUAGCAAUGGCAGUCAUUUAUUGAGUUUAAACAGGUGCAGUAUGCUCUGUCUGCAAAGAGCUCUGUAGAAAUGUGAGGGACUCAUGCAUGUACUGGAAGCUACAUGUUAUUACACAGCAGCCCAGUUCUUUGCAGCCAAAGAACAUGUACAUGAGCUCAACCUAUUUGAACACAAUAAAAGUUUAUUAUUCAUUUGUGUACAAUGCCCUGAUGAAUUGGAAUCAACCUACCUGGUUUAAAACUUAAUGUGGCUGUUAAUUGUCAGUCAGCAAUUUUUUUUUAAAGUAAAUGUUCCUAAGAUUUAAAUUGACCUCUACAGUGAACUAUCCAGAAUUUGUUAAGAAUGAAACCUUUAUCUAAAAACUUCACUUUGAAGUGAUGGCCUAGUCAAGAGAGAAUUACAGAUUGACAACUCUUCAUUGUAGCAUUUAUGUACAUACUUAAGUAAUUGGGCCAGGACAGUGGGACUUCACUUUAGCUAAGUGACCAUAACUGUGAAUACUUUAAAUUUGCAUGUAUAUUCAUGUUGACUUUCAAACUUUGCUUCUGUUAAUGCUGUGUACUGCCAUAAAUGUAGAUGCUUUGGUGAAAUGAAAGUCCAGUAACACAGAAUUCCAACACUGUAAAAUAAAACAAAGCUUUCAUUUUUA